AUGGCUGCCAAACGCAUCUCCAAGGAGCUGCAGGACCUUAGCCGUGAUCCUCCUUCGCAAUGCUCAGCCGGACCCGUUUCGAAUGACUUGUUUCAUUGGCAGGGAACCAUAGCCGGUCCAGUUCAUUUCACUACCAAAAUUUAUCACCCCAAUAUCAACUCUGAGGGCAAUAUUUGUUUAGAUAUUCUUCGAAGUCAGUGGUCCCCGGCCCUUACAAUAGCAAAAGUCCUUCUUUCUAUAUGUUCGCUUCUCACCGAUCCGAACCCCGAUGAUCCGCUUUGCCCGGAAAUUGCCAGACAGUACAAAUCCGAUCGUGCUAAGUAUGAGGAAGUCGCCCGUGAAUGGACCCAGAAAUAUGCAAUGUGA